CAUACGCUGACGGGGCACUCGGGAAAAGUCAUGGCCGGAAAAUUUUUAGGAGAACAAACAAAGGUCGUAACAGGCAGUUAUGAUCGAACGCUGAAAAUCUGGGAUCUCAGGAGUCGUGCGUGUAUCGGCACCAAAUUUGCUGGUUCCUCUUGUAACGAUUUAGUUACGGUAGAUGGGGCCGGUACGACAUUCAUUAGUGGGCAUUUCGAUAAAACUGUCAGAUUCUGGGACAUCAGGUCGGACUACCCAACCCACGACAUGUGUUUGCAGGGCAAAGUGACAUCGCUUGAUCUUUCACGAGAUUCCAAUUACUUAAUCAGUUGCGUUAGAGAUGACACGUUAAAGUUAAUAGACCUUCGAAUGAACCAAAUUAUUUUAUCCUUUAGCUGCGACGACUUCAAAGUUGGAUGCGAUUGGUCACGUGCAACGUUUAGUCCUGACGGGCAGUACGUGGCUGUGGGCUCUGCAGAUGGUAGUGUAUUUAUAUGGGGAGUCGCUACGGCUAAAGUUGAGACAGUUUUAAAGGAUCACGGAAGUGUUGGCCUGUUCUCCAGGUCAGCUGUAACGGCAACGUCGUGGAACCCGUUUGGAACAUACCUAAUCAGCGUGGAUAGAUCGAAGAGGGCUGUCGUCUGGGGAGAUUGAGCGCGUCCCUUCUGCUUUCAAUAAAUAAAUCAUUGCCUACUAUAAAAUUUGUAAGAAUGCCGUAUUGUACAUUUUAUGAAUAUUGAAAUGAAUUUUUCUAAACAAUGUUAAACAAAAAGAAAUCAUGAUAUUGCUUGUUAUUUGUAAAUUUUGUAAUGGAACAAUAUUGUUACAACAUUUUUAAUGAAGUCAACUCGUGUAGAUCAUAGUUGUAGCUUAAGUUCGAAACUGUUUUAUUAUCCAUUUUUACAUCACGGUAUAUUGUAAAUAUAUUUUGUUAUUAAA